AUGAUCACUCGGCGAUUUGUACUGGCGUGCCUAAUUUUUUACUGUUUGUUCAUAUCCACUACUUUUGCAGCAAAACCUUCGUUAGAAAUAAAAGUUGCAAAAUUAAACGAUGCUUCAAAGAAAAACGGGAUUGUUGAUCUGGAUUCGGAUUUGUUCGAAGAAUUUGUCGCUAAACCAAGGAACUACUCUUUUGUAGCUCUCUUGACUGCUAUGGAUUCUCGGAUCAACUGCAUUCCAUGCAGGGAAUUUGAUCCCGAAUUCCGUUUGGUUGCAAAGACGUGGAAGCAAAUUGGGAAUCCGGUCGACCGUAUUUAUUUUGGUUUAUUAGAUUUCAAUAACGGCAAAACAAUAUUCAAUAAGUUAAAACAAACCAGUGCGCCUUCGUUGUGGUAUUAUGCUCCAACCGAAGGACCAUUUGCUAAACAAGUCACCGAACCCGAAAAAUACGACUUUCGCGGAGGUCUUGGAGCUGAGGCGUUCGCUUCGUUCUUGUCUGCACAACUUAACACACCCAUUCCAAUUACACGAUCCCCAAAUUAUCUCCUGAUGGCUGUUUACGGAUUAUUGGUUGCUGGCUUGUUAGCUUUCCUAAAGCUGGUUUAUCCGCUAGUGCAAAAGUUUGUUUGGAACAGAAACGUAUGGGCAUCAUUGUCACUGGUGAUUAUCUUGAUGAUGACAUCGGGACACAUGUGGAAUCAGAUUCGCACUCCGCCGUACGUAAUAUCGCAGCAGGGGCGGGUUAGUUAUGUCGCAAGUGGAUUUCAGAAUCAACUCGGAUUGGAAAGUCAAAUAGUGGCAAUCAUGUAUGGCGUCUGUGCACUGUCAACGAUAGCAUUGAUCACGUCAGUGCCAAAGCUGAAUGAUCCGGUUAAACAACGAUUUGGUAUAUAUUUAUGGGUCGGUAUUCUUGUUGCAAUGUUUAGUUUAGUUUUUGCUCUCUUUAGAGUCAAACAGCCUGGAUACCCGUUCAGACUGUUUUUAUAG